AUGUCGUUGGAUCUUGCUGUCUGGGAUGCUGGAGUGGUCGUGGGUCGAGUUGCAUGGAAUCACGAGACACGUCUAAUGGCUUUUAUACAUUUGAGUUAUGAAAUUCUUAACUAUUGUAGUAUGCUUCCGUUGAACAGUUGUAGGAAGUUGUUAUGCCUGGACGGUUGUUUCCUUAAAACUUUUCUAGGGGGUAUGUUGUUCGCUGCUAUAGGAAGAGAUGCAAAUGACCAAAUGUAUCCUCUAGCCUGGGCUGUAGUUGAGGGUGAAAACAAUGAUAGCUGGGAAUGGUUUAUGGAGGAACAAAGGAAAUGUCUAGUUGUGCAUGAUGGUGGAAAAGGUUGGACCUUUGUUUCUGACCAACAAAACGGAAUACUAAAUGCAGUUGCUUUGGUGUGGGGUAGUGCUGAGCACAAAAACUGUGCAAGGCAUAUUUAUGCUAACUGGCAUAAGAAAUUCAAAGGUGAUGAAUUGAAGGAGGUUUAUUGGCAAGCAUGUAGAUCUUAUAAUGAGGCUGACUUUCUUGAAGUUAUAAAGGAAAUGAACAACCUGGAACCUGAAGCAGUUGAUGCGUUUAUGAUGCAAAAUCCUAAAGGCUUUGUGAGGUGCUAUCUUCAAAAUGAUACCAAGUGUUGUGUCAUAGUCAACAACAUGGCUGAGACCUUUAAUGGUACCAUAGUUCUGUCUAGGGCAAAGCACAUUAUCCAUAUGUUAGACGAUAUAAGGGUUUCAAUGAUGACAAGGAUAACUACAAAGUAUUCUGAGAUGGCUGCCUUUGAUGGGGUUGUGUGUCCUAGGAUACAAGAGAUACUUGAUCAAGAGAAGUUUUGGGCUUACAAAAGUGAAGUGUACCCAUCAUCUUUGCAUGUGUUCCAAGUGAGGGAUAUAGAUGAUGUAUCAGUUGAUUUAUCACAGAAAACCUGUUUUCUAGGAAAGAAUGCUGAGAACUUUGUGCAUGGAUGGUAUCAUAAAGACCAGUACCUAAUGUCUUAUGAAAACACUAUCCCACCACUACCUAGUGAAAAAUACUGGCCUAAGGUUGAUUAUCCUCUAGACCCACCACCAAUUAAAAUUGCUCCUAGAAGACCCAAAAAAACUGGAAGAGAGCUCCACAUGAAGACCCUAAGAAACCUGGAAAAUUGA